AUGUCUCCCAUCUUCUGUUGUUCCAAUACUCAGGGGUACAAGAAUCGUAUCCUGUCCUACGAAUCCAAGUUCCAGACUUUUAUGGCUUGGGCCAACUAUCCUAAAGAGAGCAACGCAGUCUCACCUGACACAGUGCCGUCUUCAGCCGACAUUACGUUCGCAAUUCAGGUUGUUAAGCAAACGAACUACGGUCCACUUGAUAGCAAGCGAUACUUCGUCACCGGCUCCGAUGGGGUUUUCGUCGAGGUGACUGAGCAAUGGCUCAUCGAUGCGAACUUCGAGAAGCUGAACACGUUCAAGAACUUCAAGUGUGCGACUCACAACAAAUUCUUCGAAGUCAACAUCUACCAGAAAAAUCCAACGAAUGCGCACCAUUGGCGAGCCAAUAUCGCUAGACCUGCGACGGAGAUAGACUUGUGA